ACUGGCCCAAGCCGCGCGCCCCGGGCGGGAGGAGCCGGAGCCCGUGUUCCUCCCCCCGCCCCCCACGGGUCCUCAUCCUUAAAGCUCGAGUCCGCUCGCCCCGCCUGUUGGAGAGGGCACAGGGCAGCGGAGGGCGUUUGGCCGCGGCUAGCCAGCCCUGAGCGAGCAGGCUCCUGAGGCGACAGAGCGGCGGCCACUGGCCCGGAGUCCCGGCCCGGUACGGGGACCGUGAAGGGAAGGUCCGGGGCACGGUUGCCCUCCGUGGCAGCGCGGCCGAGCCCAGACUGCCCAGGUCGCUGCUGCCUUCAUUCUAGGAGGCGCACAGUCGCUUGGGGCUGCCGCCAUCCCGAGGGCGGGGCUCCUGGGAAUUGGGUAUCUGGACCGCCGCGCUCUGUUCCAACCGCCGCCCGCGCCAGGUAGUGACAUCGCCCAGUCCCUGACCAUGUUCGACACGACGCGGCUGCCGUACGUGGUCCUCGAUGUGGUGUGCGUGUUGCUGGCUGGAUUGCCUUUUGCAAUUCUUACUUCAAGGCAUACCCCCUUCCAACGAGGAAUAUUCUGUAAUGAUGAGUCCAUCAAGUACCCUUACAAAGAAGACACCAUACCUUAUGCGUUAUUAGGUGGAAUAAUCAUUCCAUUCUGUAUUAUCGUUAUGAUUAUUGGAGAAACUCUGUCUGUUUACUUUAAUGUCUUGCAUUCGAAUUCCUUUGUCCACAAUCAGUAUGUAGCCACCCUUUACAAAGCCAUCGGGGCCUUUUUGUUUGGAGCCUCUGCUAGUCAGUCCCUGACUGACAUCGCCAAGUACUCUAUAGGCAGGUUUCGGCCACAUUUCCUGGAUGUCUGUAAACCAGACUGGUCAAAAAUCAACUGCAGUGAUGGUUAUAUUGAGAACUUCAUAUGUCAAGGGAAUGAAGACAAGGUCAGGGAAGGCAGGUUGUCCUUCUACUCAGGACACUCUUCAUUCUCUAUGUACUGCAUGCUGUUUAUGGCACUUUAUCUUCAAGCCAGGAUGAAGGGACACUGGGCAAGACUAUUACGACCCACGAUACAGUUUGGGCUUGUCGCUUUAUCCAUAUAUGUGGGCCUUUCUCGAGUUUCUGAUUACAAACACCACUGGAGUGACGUGUUAGUUGGACUCAUUCAAGGAGCUGCUGUUGCGAUAUUAGUUGUUUUGUAUGUAUCACAUUUCUUCAAGGAUACACAUUCUCAAAAAGAAAAGGAGGACUCAAAUACGACUCUACAUGAAACCAAUACCAACGUACAGAACUACACAAGCAAUCAUGAGCCCUGAAGGGUGCAGGGAGCUGGCCAGCUCUAAAGGGAGCGCUGGAGGCAGAAGGAAGCCAAGAAGAUGCAUAUUACUUCCUGGUGUACAGGCCAUUCAUUAAAGGACUGCUGCUAUACCUCUUGGAUGCCCACUUUAUCUGUGUAUAUAGUUACUUUUAACACAAUGAGUAUCUAAUAGUUCAAUUAGAAAAAAUUUAAGCCUUCCACUAAAACACUGCCCCACCUGUACAUUUUUUAUUGAAAGAUGCUAUGUACAAAUGUAUAUGUCACAUGCCUUCUCAGAAUGAUAUUUGAUUUAAAUACAAUAAAAUGCUUGCGAACCACCCUCGA